AUGAUAAGAUUUAGUCAAAUUUAGGACGUAAUCGAAAUAACAUCGGUUUUUAAUUUUCUGUGCAGUAUUGAAUUAAAAAAAAUUUAUUUCUAUAAUGGAAUGCAUAAUAGUACUAAACAACUCUCAACAUCAAUGUACUUGGAGACGUACCGAACCAGGUCGUAAUGUUUUCGCAAUGUACUCGCUUAUAAUUCCUAUGCUUGCACUAUUCGGUUGUAUGGCAAACUCUUUGAACGCAAUUGUUUUUCUGCGCCCCCGCCUGGAACCUUCGGUUUUUACCUAUCUGGCAGUAUUAUCCUGGGUGGAUAGCUUAUGUUGUAUAGUAAUUCUUCUAACAUGCUUGUCGCGAAGUUUAUGUUUGAAUUCAUUGACUAUGACGUAUUUUGAUUUGAACCUGCAAUCUGCAUUAUUUGGCACAUUAACUGGAGCUGCAAAUUGGAUUCUAGCCGCUCUCACAAUGGAUCGCAUUGUUUAUUUGUGCCAUCGAUUGCCGCAAACCCCACCAAGAUUUUGUACUCGUUUAGUAGCAAGGACUAUUGUUUUUGGAAUAAUUUUGUUGUCAGCAAUUUUGAAUUCGCCAUAUUUUUUUGUGUUUGCAACUCAAAUAGAUGGGUCAUUCUAUGUAACGAAUUUUUACAAAUCAAAGACCUACAAAAUUUACAAUUGGUUUUCAUUUACUGUGCUUUGCAUCAUUCCGGGCCUAUUUCUACUGAUUGGAAAUAUUUCUCUAAUAAUAUUAUUUCGAAAGAUGGUUAAGAAGCCCAAAUCUUGUGUUCCAUCUAGAACGGUUUUUCAGGGAACACGUAAACGUCAAGAGCUCCAACUGAAACUCACAAUAACUAUUGUUAUUGUUGUUUUUCUUUAUCUAACUGGUGAGUUACCAGCUCACAUAACAUCUCGAAAAAAUGCCGUAAAUUUAUUAUUCAACGGAGAUAUAACAAAAAUUAACUUUGAAAAAGUCGAAAAAUUUGAAUGUUUUUUUCUAACCUUAAAUGCACUACAAUUAAGUUUUAAUAUAAUUGUAUAUGCUGUAAUUAAUCCAGUUUUUAUGGAUGAAUUUUUCGUUUUUCUACGCCAAAUGUCUGAUUUUGUUUAUCUUAUAUUGGGAUAUAGUGCUAUGCGUAAAUGUUUUAAGAAGGUUAGAAAUCGAAAUGAGACCACGAAUGAUGGGAGUUUGGAAAAUCAUCAAGCUUCAAUUUCAUAUUGCAAUGAAAUAUUUAUAAUUGAGGGAGUGAAUCAUAAUUUGGAGAUGCUAGAAAUGGAAAUACACGAAGAGAACAAGAAUAUUGGACUUAGAAAGACAAAUUCAUGCAUGGAUUUGAAAUUUCUUGGACUUGGUUCAGAGGAGUGGUUUGAAUGUGGAAGGGUUCUUCAAAGGCAUUCGUUGUCUUGUUGA